AUGACUCAAACCACACGUGAUCUGGAGAUGAAUGGGGCUGUUCAGCACCACUGGUCAACUACAAUGCAACCACCUCCUACUGCAAGUAUAACAUACAGUAGAACUGAGUUACUAGCCCUAGGCCACAACAUGCCUAGGCAAUGGAUACCAAGUAAAACUUACACCACCCUUAAAGACUUGGGUAUCUUCCGAUAUCGGAGUAGACGUGCUGGAUCCCAUAUUCGACGCAAACCUUCCAAACUAUGGAACAAUGACACUACUAAUGAGCCCUCCCCAGCCAACUCUCAUGGACCACUUCCGGUCCAUAUAAUAUCAAGAACGGACAAAAAAACACACGUUAACCAUCAGACUGGUGUCAACUUGAUUAACCUGAGACCUAUCCCCAGAGAAACAUACAGUAAGCUUAAUGUAUAUUUAUGGAAUGCCAACAGUGUGAGAAAUAAGACCAACAUUCUGUUUGAUUACAUCUUAGAACAUGAUGUGGACAUAAUGUGCAUCACCGAAUCUUGGUUGCGGCACAACGAUUCUGUUGUCAUCAUUGAUCUCAAGCCUACCUCCUUCGAGUUUGCUUGCGUGUGUGACUCUGGCAAUCAGUUUCGACUUUAUGUGGUGUACCGACCCCCUCCAUCACCAAGGAAUGGAUUAAAGACUUCUGAUUUCCUAUCACAAUUUGAUGACUUUCUGGAUGAAGUUACACUUUUCUCUGGUAAGCUCUUGUUUUUGGGGGGUUUCAACUUACAUCUUGAUAACCCAUCCAAGCCAGAGGUUGCACACUUCCUCACAUCAAUUGCUGAUGCUGGUCUGUCACAACACAUCACUGAACCUACUCACAAAUUCGGUCAUACAUGUACAUUGGACCUGAUCAUUUCUCGCCCUGAUGACCUCCUUGUGAUCGCUUGCACUGUUCUUGACAUUUUGUACUCGGAUCACCAUGUCAUCAAAUGUGUGAUUAAUCGUGCGAAACCACAUCACCCGAAGAUAACCACCAAUUCAAGAAACUACAGGGAUCUUGACAAUGAUGCUUUUAGGAGCGACAUGAUUCAUGCCCUUGAAUCAUUUCCCUUUGAUGGUUCCAUCGAAGGUCAAGUUUCAUGCUAUGAGAAGACCAUUUCAACACUGCUGGAUCUCCAUUGUCCUGUAACAACACAUACUCGCAUGCUCAAAUCAAAUCCACCUUGGUACAAUGCUGAGAUUCACCUGGCUAGACGUACUCGACGCAAAUGUGAAAGAACCUGGCGCAAAAGUGGACAUGCUGAAGACCGUCAAAAAUAUCUCGACCAAAUUCAUCAAUUGUCCAAAGUUAUUCGCCAGGAGAAAUCGAAAUACUACACUAACCACCUCUCAUCCGCUGACACUAAGACUGUGUUUAAGACGCUUAACACGUUGUUAAAUCGCUCUGUUGUCUCCCUACCUUCGAGUGACUCAAUGAAGUCACUUAGUAACCGUUUUUGCAACUACUUCAAGGAGAAGAUUACUAAAAUCAGGCAAUCCAUCAGAUCUUCUCUAAGUGACCCAAAUGUCCAACAGGCCGAAUCACAACACCUGACUGAACAGUGUUGCCCUAAUGUCCAGCCCCCAGAGCUCACAGACUUCUUUUUCCUGAGCCCAGAUGAGGUUGCUAAGCUUGUCAUGAAGUCUCACAGUAAAUCAUGUGGUCUCGACCCAUUGCCCACAUGGCUCCUUAAGAAGAACUUGGAUAUUAUGCUGCCUGCUCUGUCAUCAAUUGUGAACACAUCCCUGUCUGCUGGAUCAUUUCCUUCUUCCCUGAAAGAAGCCAUAGUCACACCCAUUCUGAAGAAACACAACUUGGACUGUAACAAUCUUAAGAACUUCAGACCUGCGUUUUUGUCUAAGAUCAUUGAAAAAGCAGCUCUGUGCAGUGUAAAUAACCAUGUUUGUAGUAAUAAUCUCACUCAAAUGUAUCAGUCUGCCUACAGCAGGCCACAGUACGGAGACGGCUCUGCUGAGAGUCAAGAGUGA